AUGGUUCGCCGUUUAAAGAUAUCGCGUGCGGUCGGCCCGUCGCACGACCCGACGCCCAUCUCCUCAACUAUCACCACGCCCCUUAGUUCGGCCUACCCGUCGACCUACGCUUCCGAAGUCGAUUGGGAUAGCGAAGUCAACAAUCUUCCUAUGGGAUCCCUGACCCUCGCCGAGAGGAAGGCUAGACGGAAGGCGAAGCCCUUUCCGUUCAUGUCGCUGCCAUCCGAACUCCGUCUUAAGGUGUACGACUAUUACUUUGAGGGCAGCGGCAGUGUCAUUGAUCUUGACCCGGACAACUAUAAGAAACUGCACAAAAAGCUCGGCAUCCAGAGGACCUGUCGAACCGUUUACAACGAAGUCUCGCACUACUUCUAUAGCAGCCGCUCUUUCCGAAUCUUCCCAACACACCCGGGUCGCUUCUUCAAGACUAAGAAGCCUCUCCUGGCUCGUCUUAAACCGACUUCGCGCAGUCACAUUACGUCUUUGGAGCUGCGUCUCGGCCCCGGCUGGAAUAAGCCGCCGCGAGGAUGGGUGGUUAAACCCGCCCUGGGGCUCCAUGAAUGUAAGAAUGUCCGUCGUCUUUUGGUCAUGGUUGAGUGUGACCCCAGCGACGGCGUUUUCAACGGAUUCCGCCGGUCAGACGGAUUCUAUGAAGGCUUCUGCCAAUCGCUUCUCACCGAAGUUAUGAACGAGAUGCCCUGGCUAGACACAGUCACCUUUGAUGCGUGGCCCAGUGUUAAGAAGUCGGGCGCGAUGAUGCGAGGACUCCUCGAUGUUACUGCGGCGAACAACCGCAAGAUUAGAUGGGGCCCCGAGAGAGGAUGGACUGACGGCCCCGACGACGAGCCCCAGCCCAGCAGCAACCUGGUGCUAGUGCCGCCACCACCCGAAUUUAACACGUCCAGCAUGGGCGUUUUGGUUAUGGCGUAA